GUUUACGAAGUAUUAUUUUUUGGAAUUUCUUCUCUUAUACUCACUGCGUAUAAAACCCACCCUCUACCCUGGGUUUCAUCUUACGCAUCAUAAACCCUAGCAGGUAUGGCGACUGGCGUUCUCACUCGUUCUCUAAUCACCGCCGGAAAGCAGGCCAUCAGCACCGCUUUCACACGCUCGUACUCUUCUAUCACUCCGUGUCGUAACCUCUUCUUUCCUUCCUCCCUCCUCCGCCUACGCCCGCUGGUCACGGUUGCCCCCCGACACCUUUAUCCAGCUGCUUAUGCGACGCUGCGAGGGUUUGCGACUCGCCAGACCUCUUCAUCACUCAAUGAUACCAACCCUAACUGGUCAAACCGCCCCCCAAAAGAGUCAAUUUUGCUUGAUGGGUGCGAUUUCGAGCACUGGCUUGUUGUGGUCGAGAAGCCCGAGGGUGAUCCAACUAGAGAUGAAAUAAUUGAUAGAUAUAUCAAAGUUCUAGCCAAGGUUGUUGGAAGCGAGGAAGAAGCUAGGAUGAAGAUCUACUCUGUCUCAACUAGACACUAUUAUGCAUUUGGGGCUCUCGUGUCAGAGGAACUUUCUUACAAAUUGAAAGAGUUGCCAGAAGUUCGAUGGGUGCUCCCAGAUUCUUACUUGGAUGUUAGAAAUAAAGAUUAUGGAGGGGAACCUUUUAUAAAUGGACAGGCUGUACCAUAUGAUCCCAAAUAUCAUGAGGAGUGGGUGAGGAACAAUGCCCGAGCCAAUGAAAGAAACAGACGCAAUGACAGGCCUCGCAACUCUGACAGAUCAAGGAACUUUGAAAGAAGACAGCAAAUGAGUAAUCAGAAUUUCCAGAACAAUGCUGGUCCGAGGCCGAACGUCCCACCUUCAAUUGGUCCACCAACCCCACAGGGAAGCCCCGUUGGCCCCAACCAGAACAACUAUGCCCCCGCACCAAACCAGAACAGUGCUGCUCCCUGGCCUGCCACCCCGAACAACGCUCCUCCAUCUGGCCCCAGCCAGAAUAACUACUCCCCUCCUCCUCCUAGCCCAAGUCAGAACAAUUACUCUCCUCCUCCCCCUGGCGGUUCUUCCCCAAACUACCCUGCUUCCCCUGGGCAGAGUUACUCUCCUCCAGGUGGGCAGAACUACCAUCCUGGCCCUGGGCAGAGCUACUCUCCACCGGGUGGGCAAAACUACCCUCCACAGGGUCCUGGGCAGAACUACCCUCCUAGCCCUGGGCAGAGCUACUCUCCUCCCCCUCCUCGUCCCACUUACUCUCCUUCGGGUCCUGCGCAUAACAAUUAUCCUCCCCCUCCUCCUCCUUCAGGCCAAAAUCAGAACUACGCUCCAGGACCGAACCAAAGCUAUGCUCAAGUUCCUAACCAGCACUUCACCCCAGGGGGCCCUAAUCAGAACAACAACUUUGGGCCAAACAAUGACGGCAGAAGCUCUUACUAGAAUCCCGGAACAUGGCCUCUCCUGAGUAUUAGUAGGCCGCUGCUGUGCAGACAAAGUUGUAGGAGUUUUGCUUGAACUGUGUAGGGAUGCUGUUUGGUUUCAUGUUUAUUUUUACUAUUUAAUGUUGAAUUAGUACAUUUCAUGAUCCAUGCGUUCCUUUGAGUGAGAGCUGGUGUGCUGGUGGUUCUUUAUUGUAAAACAGGAACUUCAUAAAUUAUUGAGCCAUUCAACAAAGUAGUACAUACUGAAUCUAUCUAAAUAUAUAUUCUGCUCUUUGGUCAUUGCUUAUUUUGCUUAUAAUGUAUGGUCUAAAAUUCAAUUCAAAUCUGAC